CAGCAUUUUUCCUCAAAAAAACGAACCCAUCCCGCUACCAACUAGCGCCGCCAAAAUGUCUCGACGUACACGAAGCCACAGCACUCAGGCCAGACAACUCAAGUCGAUGCUCAAAUGCAAGUUUUUCGACGCCGACCAUUUGACCAUCAACCGAGAGGAGGAUGGCCUCCUCAAAACGUCGGACUUCACCGAGAUCAGAAGCGGACGGCUCAACGACGGUGUCAUAAAUACGGAGGUCGCCAUCAAAAUGCUUCGAAAGCCACAAGGUUCCGACCACGACCCGAUUGUCGAACUUGGAUGGGAAGCCGGUGUCUGGGAGCUCCUCAGCCACAAACGGAUCCUCCGGCUGAUCGGCGUAUCGAUCGGAUACGACAUCGCUCCUGCGAUGAUUUCCCCUUUUCAACCCCACCUCGAUUUGGAACGGUAUAUCGAAGGGCACCCAGAAACAGCAAAGCCAACCAAGGUCCGCUGGAUGAAGGAAAUUGCAGAAGGCCUCGAAUAUCUCCACAGCAAAAACGUCAUCUACGUGGAUGUCAAGCCCAACAAUACCUUGGUGUCGGCCGAUUUGUCGAUCCUCCUCACGGACUUUGGAUGUUCGUUCAAGCUCCAUGGGACCAAGACCGGAUAUGAAGAGCUCAGUCUCGACAGGGGUCAGCAGCCAUAUGGUACCUAUUACUAUAUGGCCCCUGAACGAGUAAGAGCUAUCGGACCGAUCCGCCCCAACAAAUCCACGGACGUAUAUUCGUUUGGCAUAACAUGCUGCGAUAUACUGAUCAACUGCGAAAAUGUCUGGCCUCGAGAAAUCGUCGAACUCAAGGAUAUUCAAGACAUUUACAAAACUGGGGCGACUAUUGAAAUUCGGGAAGUCAACAUUCCUGGUCUCGAGGAGGUUCUCGAAGGCUGCCUCCGGAAGAAAGCAAGCAAGCGUCCCAAGGCCGCCGAACUUAUCCCAGAGUUCACUCGUAUCUUGGAAUCGUUCGAACGGACAUCGCCAUCGGAUUCAAGCGUCUCAUCGGUCAGCGUUUCGGGCGAAAAUGAACAACCCGUUGAAGAUCAUUCGGAGUCAUCAGAUUCCCAAAACCAGUUGACUCCGGCUGAAGCCAUUGAAGCCCUCAAGGACGAUGGUGUCUCUCGUUUUCUUGUCCUUUCGAUGGACUUGGAAAUGGAGGCUUCGGAUUGGAAUGAAGUGUUCACCUUCAUCGCUCAAAAAAUCGAUGAUUGUGAAGACCAAUCCACCGAGCGCGAUGGCUUUGUUUUCGCACUUGGCUGGCUUCACCUUCUUGGAUUCGGCACACCCCAAAAUUCGGAAAGGGCAUUCGAGUUAUGGGGUCAACUAGCCGAUUCCGAAACUUCGACAAACACAGUCGGUUCGUUCAAGGACGUCGCUGUAUUUUUGAAACGUUGGUGCUUGGUCUGUGGACUCGGGACCGAGGUCAACUGUGACGAUGCUUAUCGUCUGGAGAAUACCACCAACCAGCCACCACGAGGCCAAGGCAAUCAACCACAAGUCGAUUUAUUCGGAUGGUGUCAAGUCGGCUCCAGGACCCAUUGGUUUAGCGAUUUCAUUUGGGGUCAAUGCCUUCUUCUUGGAAUCGGAACCACGGUCCAUUUACCUAUGGCCUUGCGACGUUUUGAAGCGCUGGCCGCCAAGAACCCUCAAAACAGCACCGUUCUCUGUCAGCUCGGCGAGUGCUACUACCACGGCCAUGGAAUCGAUAAAGAUUUUAAAUUGGCAAUGAACAAGUUCAUCGAGGCCACCGAAUGCGACGAUCCGAGUGUCAAGACUGGACAACGGGGCAAGCAGGGAAGUGCGCAAGAGUCCUAAUACAAGACUCGAACGUAGGGAGAGGAG